GUUCUACUGCACCAACCGGGGCUUCCGGCCAAGCUACAUCCAGUCCUCCCGUGUCAAUGAUGGGAUCUGCGAUUGCUGCGACGGCUACGACGAGCAUGACAACCGCACACGCUGCCCAAACACCUGCAGGGGGCGCUUUUUCACUUCGGGAAAGUAGAAUGUGGCGCAGCCCCCUCGCCGGCUCUCGCCUCCGCCCCUCCCGCUCUGUGGCUCCUGGCUGCUUGAUAUCCACUCGCGCCGGCUGAUCCAUGUCUCUCUGCGUCCUCAGGAUUUUCGAUUUACAGUAAAGACGCAAUUUUGUGAGAUUGUUAAUCCUUUUCUUACAGUCAAUACGCCGAAGGCAUGGAUACAGUAGAAAUGAAUUGCAUACAGUCGUGUGAUUUCUAGAAAUGUACGUUUGGCUGUAAUGGCAUUUCCCUCUCAGUUUGUGUGUGUUACUGUUCAAACAUUGCGGCAGUGAUGGAUCGAUGGAUCCCAGGUGCUUAGACUUCCAAGGCUGCUGGUAUCUGGACCAUUACUAGCUGCUAGUCCCCCCACACUGGACUGGAAAGGUGCUUUAAAAAUAUCUCUGAAGCGGAGAACAGCUAAUUUUUUAAUGCGUGUAAAUGAUUUUUCUUUUUGAAAAUUUCCUCUAAUGGCAUGGAGGAUGGUCUAUCAUUUUAUUUCCUAAGGGAUUAUGUGUAUAAAUGUGCAAAUUAAAGUUGUGUAAUGUUGCCCUUAACUAUAUAAUAACAAUCACUGUACACCAACUGCCGGAAUGUGAUUGACACUGAAUGAAAGGCUAGAUAGGUAAUGAAAAGACUUAUACUGGAACAGCUGUUCCAGUAUGUGAUGUCACUACCUGUGUAGUGUAGAAUUAGGAAUGUGUGUGUGUGUGUGCGUGUGCGCAUGCUGUGAAUGUAUGCUGUGUGUGCAGCUGUGUGUGUGUGUGUUUCCAUUCAGCGCUUUACAUUCUGCUGGGUGUCUGUGAUGUCAGUCUCAUAAAAUACAUUUAUUUACAAAAAGAAGAUUAAACUACCCUGCUUCCUCUCAAUUAAAGUCCCUUUCCACUUUUGAGGUCUGGAGGGCAGCAUUUUCGGGACCCAAAAUGUUUAUUGAGGUCCAGUGACAUAUGGCUGGAAAAUAUAGCUGUAACAGAUAUUUCCCCAGUGAGCUGUACUUCAGCUAAUAACACUAAAACUUAUUUUCUUCAAGGGGGGUGGUGUUGGCCCCCCUGAAUGGGAAAACUCAAUAACCUCAACUGAACCUAAUAGGGAUAAAAAAAGGCCUGUCCCCAGGCUGAGGAGACCAGCGGGGAGUCGGGGGGCCGCGAGAGCAGUACAGGGACCUGGGAUAUUGGUCCAUGAUCCAGGAAGCGGACUGGGGGGGUCAAAGACCCUCCUAUCUCUCACGCAAGGUGGGGCCCUUAGAGAUCCAGGAAGCUGCUUUAGAGAGACUGCUGUGUGUUGCUGCUAAUACUAAUGACAUCGAAUGAACAAGAAAACGGAAAUUUCACUGGUCUGAUCAUAAUUCUCUUUAAACCUAUGACAGAUUUGAAUGUCCCUUAGGGUUGUUUUGUAUAAUGUGCCGUGUCUGAUGUUAGCAGCUGAUUGUGAAGGACAUCCUGACUGCUUCUCCGUCUACACUGAACACUGACCCCCCCCCCCCCCCCAAUGACUAGGGCUGGGUAUUGGUACAGAUGCCCCGAUUUUGAUUCAAUUUCGAUUCACAUGUUAACGAUUCAGUUUAAUUUAAUUCCUAUUCGAUAUUUCAUUCCGAUAGAAAUGAGAUAUGAAAUAUUACGUGGCAGCUUCCCAUAUUUGGACAGAAGUUUAAAAGGGUGAAAUAAAGUCUUGAAAUAAAAUAGCUGAACAUUAUAAUGCGCAAGUCUAAAACUCGUAUGCCAUGUUUCAGAAGGACCUUAACUUAAAGAUAUGUGCCAAGACGUAAAUUAGUGUCUUUUUAUUUGAGGAACAUAUUGUUGAGGGUUGGGAAUCAGCCCUGCCUUUCAAUUUGAUUUUGAGUCACAAGUGCCAGAUUGGGUUCCAUUUCGGCUGAACUCAAUCUACUUUUAAGACACAUUCACUAAUGUGUGAUCAAACCAGAUCUGUUGUAACAACAACAGGCACAGCACUGUAGCAUCAACAUUGCAAAGUAGCAUAAUUUUUUACCAUUACAUAAUGAAAAUAAGAGAACGAAAAACAAUAUAUGAUAAGCACGAAAUUUGUUGUUGUACUUACUAGUGAAUACACCAACAUAUUUUGUCCCCAGAUUUCCCUCUGCAGUUGUUGUACCCAGCCAUAAAUAAAUAAAUUAUACAUGCAGACUUGAAAAUCACUGGUGUGAGGAUAAAGCCCUACUUGACUAUUCUUGCUUGCAUUCACAUGCUCGGAGUACUGCAUUACCAUGGCUGACAAUGCACCAAGAUGGAGGCACGAGGGGAUUGCGCAGUACUGUUGCAAUCCUCCUAUAGGAAUCUGGGUCAGCAGGAGCGAGCGGCGCUGGAGGCCGAGAUGAGGGCCGUGGAUGAUGGGAUGCGUCUGAAGCGUCAGCUGAUCAAGGAGGGCGUUAGCAUGUGGCAGGAGAAGCAGAACCAGCUGAAGGACCUUCGGAGGAUUCUCUCUGGGCUCCAGACCAAGUUGGAUGCUCACAGGGAGAGGAAGCUGGAAGCUGACGCCCAUCAGGCCAAGGUGAUGGGGGUCCUGAAAUCACCCGAGGAUGGUGCAGGGGGUGAGAUUGCAGCCAGGAUAUUCGGACAGCUGGACAUCAAUAAGGACGGCAGCCUGACGGUUGAUGAAGUCCAGGCUGGGGUGGUUAACCUGCAGGAUGAUGGAAACCUAACUGAAGAAGAAGUCACGGCCUUGCUUGGAGGACCCGGCCCGGCUGAUCUCUUCAGGUUCCAGCAGACCCUCUGGAGGAGUCUCCAGGCUGCCAGCAACGUGAAGAUCAAAGCCGAUCUGACGGGUGACCUUGACCCGCCCGAUGAAGGCCCUGGUACCAGUGCCGCUUCCAGUGCUGCCAGACAUGGCGAAGCAGACCUGAAGGAGAUGGAGGAGGCCUUGGAGACAACGAGAGCAGAGAUCAGGGACCUGGAGAAGGUGCUCUCCACAGACUAUGGCUCCAGCAAAGAGUUCCUCUACCUGCAGGGACAGUGUUUCCAGCUGGUGGUCUACGAGUACACCUACUCGCUGUGUCCAUUCAGUCACGUGACCCAGAAGAGCUCCACAGGGGCUGAGGUUUCAUUGGGGAAGUGGCAAUACUGGGCAGGACCUCCGGAGCAGCCUUAUAGCAGGAUGGAGUUUGAAGGUGGAGUGCCGUGCUGGCAGGGUCCCCUCCGCACAACGCUGGUCACGCUGACGUGCGGGACAGAGACUGCUCUGAGGUGGGUGCGGGAGCCGGCCAAAUGCCGGUACGUCAUGGAACUGCGGACCCCCAGCGCGUGUGAGCAGCGGCGCGAGGCGGGAAGACGGGGGGUGCACAGUGAGCUCUAACUGUGGGCUGCUUCCUGACCGCCCCCCGGUUAUAAAACCCACCGCCUUAAAGGUGCCUUAUUUUGGACUGAAAAUUCCAUGAGUUCAUCAGAACCACUCUGUCUCUAAAAUGAGGCGUUAGUGUACUUCCCUUUAUAGCUGUUUGAGGACAUCCUAAGAAAGAUCCCCUUCUCGCUGUUCCCUCUGUCACCGCCCCACCUCUCCUAACCCCCUACAUCUCCGUGGGAUGUUCAGGGCAGGAGUGAAGGACCAGCACUCGCUGACACUGAAGUUGCUGGCAAAACUAGCGUGACGAGCCGUUCCAGAACAUUCAACCAAGCAUCUAGGCCAUAUUGCUUCCUUUCUGGUGAGAAGGAUCAUUGAAUUUCAUCGAAUCACACUGGAUAUCACCCCUUUCAGCUGUGCAGAAACCUUGACGAUACGAUCUAUUUUUGUAGAUAUAUAUUUGAUGUUGAUUCUAAAUGUGGUUGUUUUAGUAGAUUGGCUUGUACUCAAGACAGCAGUAAUGCAGCUCAGCUGAACUCAGACCUGCCAUGAACAAAUAAAUUUAAUCAGAAAUCAG